AUGAAAGGCUAUGGUUUCGUGCUUGCACUUGUUCUCAUCUUUUCCUCGGUGGCAGCUGAGAUAGUACCCCAAGAUCAUGAGAGCAAAGUAGAUGGGGCAGAGAAGACGGUAGAUGAUUGCGUUCAGUACGACGGCCUUGGUCGGCGCGGUCGGUGUGGUAGCUCCGCUGCCUACGCUCGUGAAGAAGCCAUGCCAGAAACAGACAGCGUAGCAAAAGAAUCAGAAGCGGUAAAUCAUGAGGUUUACAGCCUUGACAAUCACCAUGGCAUUGGUGAUCAUCAUGGCAUUGGUGGUCAUCAUGGCAUUGGGGAUCAUCAUGGCAUUGGUGGUCAUCAUGGCAUUGGUGGUGGAGGACAAGGAGGUGGUGGUCAAGGCGGAGGUGGCGGCGGACAAGGAGGUGGUCAAGGCAGCGGCGGUGGACAAGGAGGUGGUCAAGGCGGUGGCAGCGGACAAGGAGGUGGACAAGGCGGUGGUAAAGGUGGUGGCAGUGGCGGACAAGGAGGUGGUGGUGGAGGACAAGGAGGAGGUGGUAAAGGUGGAGGACAAGGCGGUGGAGGUGGUAAAGGCGGAGGUGGCGGACAAGGGGGUGGUAAAGGAGGCGGUGGAGGAGGACAAGGAGGCGGUGGUAAAGGUGGAGGACAAGGCGGUGGUAAAGGUGGCGGACAAGGUGGUGGUGGUGGCGGACAAGGAGGUGGUGGUAGUGGCGGACAAGGAGGUGGUAAAGGAGGUGGUGGUGGAGGACAAGGAGGCGGUGGUAAAGGUGGAGGACAAGGUGGUGGAGGUGGUAAAGGCGGAGGUGGCGGACAAGGAGGUGGUGGUAAAGGAGGUGGUGGUGGAGGACAAGGAGGCGGUGGUAAAGGUGGAGGACAAGGCGGUGGAGGUGGUAAAGGCGGAGGUGGCGGACAAGGAGGUGGUGGUAGUGGCGGACAAGGGGGUGGUAAAGGAGGUGGUGGUGGCGGACAAGGAGGCGGUGGUAAAGGUGGCGGACAAGGCGGUGGAGGUGGAUACGGUGGAGGUGGUGGAUAUGGUGGUGGUGGAGGUGGUGGAUAUGGUGGUGGUGGCGGCGGAUACGGUGGAGGUGGCGGAUAUGGUGGAGGUGGAAGUGGCGAGGGUGGCAGUAACUAA